AUGAUGCUGCGUUGUGUGUUUUGUUUUUUGUCUUUGCUUCUCAGCGCUGCCUUUUUAUGUGUGUCGGCGAAUACCACUGGAGGUGGUGGUAUUCCUCCACCUCCACCUCCACCUCCACCUCCACCUCCACCUCCACCUCCACCUCCACCUGGUGGUCCUUGUCCUGAUGGCAAGACUGGUAAAGAGUGUACUACUAGCGGUAUUGAACCUGAAGAUCAUCGGCUUAAGGAUUGCAAGGACCGUUCUGAGACGGAUAGUUGCACAACUAUUGAUCGUGAGACUGAAGGAAAUUGCCGUGAUGUACCAGGUGAUACUUCUUGUCCACGGGAAGAACAAAGGGAAGGUCCGAAUACAACUCUAAUCGAAAACACUGAGGCAAAUAGUGUAAAGGGCGAUAGUCGCACUGACGGUCCUUCCGGUGAAAAAGGUGACGGAGGUGUUCGUCCUGUUACACCUCCUGGGUCUUCUGCAGCUACUCCUGCACCACCUACUGCUAAGGGCCGCGGUGUUGAUCCAACAGGUAGAACUAAUGCUGAGCGAGGAGUCGUUGGUGCCACUGGUGAGCAAGUGAAUCUGGAACAACCAGGUGAAAGAGGUUCUGAAGGAGGUGCUGCUGCUGAGAGUGCUAAUCUCCUAGGAAGUACACGCGAAAAUGGAAGCAGUGAAAACACUGCAUCAGGUGAAAAUGCAGGUAAACCGGAAGGAGCAGAAGCACAACCUUCUAGUUCUUCCAACAAUACAAACAUAGAGAGUAUCGGUGAUAAUAAUGCAAACACUGGGAGUGGCAGUAAACCUGCAGGAGGUGGUUCACCAGCUAACCCAGAAAGUGAAGCUGGAAAUACAGAUACCCCAAGUACCACCACCACCACCACAACAACAACAACAACAACAACAACACUUCCUCCUGAGCCUGUAAACAACAAGAAGGGUGAUGCAGACAGCAGCAGCAGUAUCAGCAGUUCUGUGUGGGUGCGUGUACCACUACUGAUUGUGGUUACACUGGCCUGUAUUCUUCUUGUGUGCUGA